GUUCAACUGAAAGGUUUUAUGCAUUUUCAGGUAAAUCAGCUCAUCCUGAGAUUGUUCCUAACUAUGAUAAUUGGAGCCCAUGGAUUGGUGAAAGAACACGUUCAAGUCAGCUAGUGUUCAACACAGAACACAAGAAGUGCACUCCUUCAAUGACUGAUGAUGAAAAUGGCGAAGUAGUACCAGAGGAAAUUGUCAGUCGGUUACUGCAGGAUGAAAGGGUCACUGCCAUAAGAAGAAUAUGCAGGGAAGUUGGAAUCCAACCUAAAGGCUCAGCUGCUGAUAUGGUGGUUCAAAUACGGGAAAAAGCAAUCACAAGAGGACAACUAGAUCUAGCGUAUGAGAAGGUUUUUGGAACUUCUGGUGGACUGGUUAUUGGUGCUUGUCCCCAUGGCAUAGUUUACAGCAUGAAGAAUCUGCUGAGGUCAGAAAGCCCGCGCGAUUACAUGGAUCUACUUCGCUCCAUGAAGCACCGCCCAAAUAUCUCUGUAAUAGAUAUAGCACACCUAUUGGCAGCUCAUGGCAAUAGAACGGAGGCGGGUUUCUUCAGUCCGAAUGAGGGUCGUCUAAGAGCUCCAACACCUCAAAACAUUGCUAUGGCAAAGGAGGGAUUAAUGUUCGAUCUGCCGGACCUUGAUGAUGCUACUACUGUUGAGUAUGAUGAAAGCGAAACAACCAACGGCCACCCAGUGUCCCAUUCUUCAUCCCAUUAUGCGCUGUAUGACUGGUUCCACCAGGGUAAUUGUAAGAGGGAAAGGGAAAAGCUGAGAAACAUCUCACUGCUAUCUGGAUUUGCUGGGUACACGAAUACUCAGAAAGUAGAGCAACUUUUCAAUUCAAUGAAGAGGGACCUCUACUUUCUGAACCAGAUGUCACCAGUUAGCCAUGUCUUCAUGUGCAGGUUGAUUUUGCACCUGCACAAUGAACAGCUCAGCAAAACCAUCAUCCAAGGCCAGAGAGAUGUCUGCAACAGACUGUCUUUCAACCAGUUGGGCCAGGUCAUCCAUCAAGAAGACACCCAGCUGAUGUCAGGGAGUAGGCCUACCAACGGUGAACCAGCAGAGUCAGAUGUAACUGCAAGAAGAGCCGCAGGGCCACCAUUGCGCACAAGUAGAAGAGCUCGUCCGAGGCCUACAAGUGAAGAUAUAAAUCACAGCUCGUCAGGUGCUCAAGGCAUUCUCCCCCAAAAUAAAGAAACUCUGCCCAGUGACACAGCAGCUAGACCAAGUCUGCCAACAAAACAGAGUACUAGUAACGAAGAUAGGUCACGAGCCAGGGAUGUCCAAGAUCAUGGAGUUCAUCCCCAAACGUCUGCAAUUUUAGAAAAGACCCAUACUAUUACAACAGGGGCAGAUCGGCGAGGCCUUCAAAGACUCAUCGACUUGAGAGAGAAACUAGUAGGCUUUACCCAACGUUUAUCAUCAACACUUGACCCUGAGGAUACAACGGCCCUUCUACUUAACAUCAUAUAUGCUAGCGAGACGCUCUUCAGGUCAGGCAGCCAACAACCAGAGUUCUUCCUGUGA